CGAUAGUGAACUCUACUCUAUCCAAUCGGAUGAACCGCGUGUCGGAUUGAGAAAUACGAGGAAAGGAGUCAACACUGAAAGCAGGUACUCCUCUUGAGAUAUCAAACAGCACGCUUCGGAUACAUGGCGGGAGAGACAUUUAGAUCGAUAAGGUUGUGUCGUCGUCAUUUGGCUCUGUUACAGAGAUGUCCUCAGACCAUAGGUCUUCAAGUACCUCACAAGUCCUUCAGUUCACACAGAGUUGUAAAGAGUCACAGACUCUUUAGGAAGUUACUGUUUGGCAUCUCGGUUGGCGUGCCAUUCGUAGUCGGGUUCGGAUAUGUGGCCUCCCAGCCCAGAGAAAGGAGGAAGAUGAGGAUACUAGCAGAGGGAGUCGGGCGCUUCUGCAGAUCGCUCUAUGUCGGGCUUAAGAUAUCAGCCGACUACUGGUGGACAUCUAACAUUGCUCUGCGUGGUAUGGAUGAGAGCAGUCCAGAUUAUUCAGAGGUUAUGUCCGCCUGUCAUCAGAGAGCAGCCAAUAGCAUGGUAAAAGGGGCAAUUCAGAACGGAGGAUUGUAUAUUAAGCUGGGACAGGGCCUGUGUGCAUUUAACCAUCUUCUACCUCCAGAAUACAUCAGUACCCUUCGUGUGUUAGAGGAUAAAGCUCUCAACAGACGAUACAAAGAGGUAGAUGCUUUAUUUCAAGAGGACUUCAACACAACUCCAGAAAACUUGUUUAGGAAGUUUGACCAUGAGCCCAUGGCUGCUGCCAGCUUGGCCCAGGUUCACAAGGCAGAACUGCAUGAUGGGACACCUGUGGCUGUAAAGGUGCAAUAUAUUGAUCUCAGGGAUCGUUUUGAUGGUGACAUCAGGACUUUGGAGAUUCUGUUGGACAUAGUGAAGUUCAUGCACCCUAGCUUUGGUUUCCGCUGGGUAUUACAGGAUUUAAAGGGAACAUUAGCCCAAGAGCUGGACUUUGAGAAUGAGGGCAAGAAUUCUGAACGCUGCGCAGAAGAGCUGAAAAACUUCAAAUUUAUAGUUGUGCCCAAAGUAUUCUGGGAUUUCACCAGCAAGAGAGUUCUCACAGCAGAGUUCUGUGAAGGAUGUAAAAUCAACAAUGUCGAGGAAAUUGAACGUCAGGGACUGGGUCUGAAAGAUACGGCUGAUAAGCUCAUCCGCACAUUUGCAGAACAGAUCUUUUACACCGGCUUUAUUCAUGCUGACCCACAUCCUGGAAAUGUGCUGGUAAGAAAAGGUGCAGAUAAAAAAGCAGAGUUGGUUCUGUUGGAUCAUGGACUGUAUGAACACCUCAGUAAAAGUGACAGAGUGGCUCUGUGUCAUCUGUGGAGAUCAAUCAUCCUGCGUGAUGAAGCCGGUAUGAAGAGAUAUGCAAAUGAGCUCGGGGUCAAAGGUAAAGUAGCUUUUACAAUCUACCUUUAACCUAGAUGUGGGUGACUUACUUUCUUCAGCUGAACACAACUAAAGAAUUUUAUAAAAAAUAUGCCAUCCAAAUAUGUGGCCCUGGAUCACAAUAGCCAACAAUACGUUGUAUGGGUAUGGUUCAAAAUUAUCAUUUUUUUUCUUUUAUGCCAAAAAUCAUUAGGAUAUUAAGUAAAGAUCAUGUU